UUUUCUUCAUAUUCUGUACUUAUCAAUCACGUUCCUUAAUCACUUGCUCUCCCCCUUUCUCUCUCUCUUUCUCUCUCCCUCCCUCUAAAUUCACCCCUUAUUACAAUCUAAAUUUGUCUCUCUCAUUCUGCCUCAAGUUUCGGUCAUUAUAGUUUCUGGGUUUUGUUCUAAACCAAGAAACAGAGUGUCUAAUCUGGCAAAAAAGCAAAAAAAAAAAAAUUCUGUAAAAAAUGACAGUAGAGCGCGCAAUCAGUGAACCAAAGGAUCAGUUUCCAAUUGGAAUGCGAGUUUUGGCUGUUGACGAUGACCCGACAUGCCUUUUACUGCUCGAGACUCUGCUUCGUCGAUGCCAGUACAAUGUUACCACAACAAGUCAGGCCAUCACAGCAUUGAAGUUGUUGAGAGAAAACAAGAACAAGUUUGACUUGGUUAUCAGCGAUGUUCAUAUGCCCGACAUGGAUGGUUUUAAGUUACUUGAGCAUGUGGGGCUUGAGAUGGACCUGCCUGUCAUAAUGUUGUCUGCAAAUGGUGAUACCAAGCUUGUGAUGAAAGGGAUUACUCAUGGUGCUUGUGAUUAUUUGCUGAAACCUGUUCGAAUAGAGGAACUACAAAAUAUCUGGCAACAUGUAGUCAGGAGAAAGAAAUUUGACAGGAAAGACGGGGAUAAUUCUGGCAGCCAAGACAAGCCUCAUAUUGACAAUGGUGGGGCUGCAGGGAUGGGAGGUGUUGAUCAGAAUGGGAAGCUCAACAAAAAGCGGAAGGACCAAAAUGAAGAUGAGGAUGAGGAGCAUGAUGAGAAUGGGCAUGAUAAUGAGGAUCCAUCAACCCAAAAGAAGCCUCGUGUUGUUUGGUCAGUGGAGUUGCAUCGCAAAUUUGUUGCGGCUGUUAAUCAGUUGGGCAUUGACACAGAGGCUGUACCUAAAAAGAUCCUAGAAUUGAUGAAUGUUGAAAAGCUUACCAGAGAAAAUGUUGCCAGCCAUCUCCAGAAAUAUAGGCUUUACCUGAAAAGAAUCAGCUGUGUGGCAAACCAGCAAGCGAAUAUGGCGGCAGCCUUAGGCAGUGCAGAUUCUAACUAUUUGCGUAUGGGGCCUCUGAAUGGACUUGGGACUUUCCAUACCUUAGCAGGAUCUGAUCAGCUUCACAAUGCAGCCUUAAGAUCUUUCCCACCUAGUGGUGUGCUUGGAAGAUUGAACACACCUGCUGGGUUAGGUAUGCGUGGCCUUCCUUCUCCAGGAAUGAUUCAAUUAGGUCAUGUGCAAAACUCGGGCAAUACCAGUAAUGAUCAGAGCAAGUUGCAAUCUUUCGUGAUUCCUGGCAACCAUAAUGCUAACACACUACAAGGGAUGCCAAUGUCAUUGGAACUUGAUCAACUACAAAAUAACAAGGGUGUUAGCCACAUUGGAGAGCUGCCCACUGCCGCUAAUACUACAGUUUUCCCUGUUUCUGGCAGUUUAAUGGAUGCAAGAAUAUCUGGAUGCUCCAAUAAUCCACUUCUUGGUGUUACAAGCAACUCCUUAAUGUUAGAAGGAAGCUCUCAACAGACCACUUUGCAUCCUAGUAAUUUGAGAGACAGUGUUUCUACAAUGGGCUUCCAAAAUGGGAAUACUUUAUCUGAUUUUACUUCCAUAGCUACUGCUUCCAAUCAAUUGCAGUGUUCAAAAGCAGAUUUACAAUGCCAAGCUUCCCCUACCAGCUGUAAUGCAGGGCAAAUAAUUAGAAGUGCUCCUCCAGAAUGGAAUGCCCCUUACCAUUCAAAUGUUAUGUGCUGUUCAAUAAACUCUUCAAUCCCUGUUAAUGGUGCUAUGGUUCCUUUGGGCCAGUGCUUGGACCAAAAUAACCCAAAUUUUCACAGAAAUAUGGACUUGGAUUCAAUUGCACCAUCAAACUUUGUUGAUCCCAUAUCCCUCAAGCGUAGUGAAGGUUUUAACUCAGCUAUGGAGCCAGCAGUUAUUCAAAAGGAAGGGUAUUUCCAACCAAGGCCACAGGGAGGUUACAACGUUGGCUCCUUGGAAGAUUUGGCAAGUGCAAUGAUGAAAGAGGGCCCAGACACAAGGAAACUAGCGGAUGGCGAUUUUGGAUGCAAUGGUUAUUCCCACAGGACAUGCAUCUGAGAGUAGGGUGUAGCUACUAACAGCAAAAGAAGGAUCUGCACUACAAGCAUUGCUCUUCUUGAUAGUUUUGCCUCAUGUAACCAAUAACAUAUCUAUCCUUCAUCUCAUUUCUGCCUUUAUCGACCUCUUCUUCCUGUUCUUUUCUUGUCUAUUCCUGGCAACUAGCAGUUUUUAUUCUUGUAAAAUUUUAGCUCAGUUUUUCUAGUUCAAUUGAGAAGAUCAACUUCUCCAGCCAGGGCCUGUCUAAUUAUAUUGUAUAAUGAAUAAAUACUUAUUGCUUAUUGGCCCAA